ACUGACAUAUCAGACUACGUUCAGCAACAUUGGAAGGAGGAUGCUUUUUUUGGCUACCAGUUUCUAAAUGGUGUCAACCCCAUGCUGAUCCGACGUUGCACUGCUUUGCCCAGUAACUUCCCCGUCACUGAUGACAUGGUCUUCCCCAGUGGUCAGUGCAACUUGGCAGAUGAACUGAAGAAUGGCAACAUAUUUCUGUGUGACUACAAGCUUCUGGAUGGACUGCCAGCAAACACCAUCAAUGGGAAAAAGCAGUACCUGAUGGCUCCCCUUGUCCUGCUCCACAAAACACCUGAUGAUAACCUGAUGCCAAUUGCUAUUCAACUGAAGCAGACUCCAGCAGAAGACAACCCAAUCUUUUUUCCUACUGAUUCUGAAUAUGACUGGUUGAUGGCCAAGAUUUUUGUGAGAAGUGCAGAUUUCACUAUGCAUGGACUCAAUGUUCACCUGCUGCGAACUCACCUGCUGGCUGAAGUGUUUGCGGUGUCGCUGCUGCGCAAUGUGCCCAUGGUACAUCCACUGUACAAGCUCCUCGUACCUCACACUCGCUACACUCUACAGACCAACUUCUUAGCUCGACAACUUCUAAUAUCCAAGACUGGAAUUUUCCCAGUGUUUACAGCUACUGGAUAUGAUACUUUUUACAGUGUUCUGAGGAGAUCAUUGCCAUCAGUGACCUUCAGCUCCCUCUGUAUCCCAGAUGACAUAGCUGAGCGUGGACUGGAAGAUGUGCCAAACUUCUACUACAGAAAUGAUGGACUCAUGCUUUGGAAUACCAUCAACAGUUUUGUGGAGAGAAUAAUCACAUACUACUACAGAAAUGACACUGAGGUCCAACAAGAUUCUGAGCUGCAGAAGUGGAUUUCGGACAUUUUUGAACACGGAUUCCUUUCUCAAACAAGCACAGGAAUCCCACAGAGAUUUGCCACCAUAGAUGAGCUGGUCAAGUUUGUCACCAUGGUGAUCUUCACUUGCUCAGCACAGCACGCAGCUGUGAACUCUGGACAGUAUGACUAUGGUGGCUGGAUGCCCAACGCUCCCCCCACCCUACAACGUCCUCCACCAACCACCAAGGGGACAACAAGUGAAGCAACAAUGAUGCAGACAUUCCCUGAUGUCAACGCAACAGUGCAGAUCAUGUCUGUCCUGUGGCUACUCAGCAAGGAGUCCUCAGACUUUGUCCCUCUUGGCCAGUACCAGGAGGACCACUUCACUGAAGACAUUCCACGUAUGCUGAUAAAGUGUUUUCAGGCAGAACUUGAAGUGUUGAAUGCAGUCAUCAAAGCCAGAAACAAUGGUCUGAAAGUGCCAUACACAUACAUGGAUCCAGUGAAGGUAGAAAAUAGCAUUGCCAUUUGAAUAUCAGGUGGUGUGACCUCCUCAGCUGUUGACCAAAUUCAGCUUCAUAGUAACAAAAGGUAUAAA